GAUUUCCUCUGCUCUCAGAGCCCCAGCUCCCAAGACCCCCCUGAGAGGCAGCCACAGCCGAGCGCCCAUGAUCAGUGCUCACCACAUGCAUGAGUACACGGACACACACAUGAUGCACACACACAUGCACCCCAUGUGUGCAUAACCGUCAUACUGUAUGCAUUGGUCUUUUUGCUCUUUCCCAUUUUCAGACAGCCUUUUGCUAUCAACCAACCUAAUAAAAUAAUGCCGUUCUACAUCUUGCUUACCACCACUUCCCUGCAGGGCUGGGACAUUAGACAGUUGACUAAUGGCCGUCCUGUGUCUUGUCCACAGCUUGUCAGGAUGCCCGAGAGCCACAUCAGCGAUGAAGAAGGCAAAGCUUUCUGGAGAGCAGAUGCUGACCAUCAAACAGCGGGCCAGCAAUGGUAUAGAAAAUGAUGAAGAAAUCAAACAGUUAGAUGAAGAAAUCAAGGAGCUAAAUGAAUCCAAUUCCCAGAUGGAAGCCGAUAUGAUUAAACUCAGAACUCAGGUAACAAUUACCACGAUGGAGAGCAACCUGAAGACCAUCGAGGAGGAAAACAAAGUGAUUGAGCAGCAGAACGAGUCUCUCCUCCACGAGCUGGCGAACCUGAGCCAGUCUCUGAUCCACAGCCUGGCUAACAUCCAGCUGCCGCACAUGGAUCCAAUCAAUGAACAAAAUUUUGAUGCUUACGUGACUACUUUGACGGAAAUGUAUACAAAUCAAGAUCGUUAUCAGAGUCCAGAAAAUAAAGCCCUACUGGAAAAUAUAAAGCAGGCUGUGAGAGGAAUUCAGGAGGAUGGUGUAUGGUGGGGGCAAUAAAUGAGGUUUUUUGCAUUCCAAGGAAAUGGCAUAUGGAUUAACUGUAAGAAAUGAAAUAAGUAAUUUAUUGUAAGACAACAUCAAGCCAUGGAAACUUGGCAGAAGAUUCAAAGCAGCUUAAACAGCACUUUUAAAUUAACUCCUAAGCAUUACAUGGUGUGACUGUGGAAACUCCAGUUCAGACAGGAUCUUAUCAGAGGUGGACCACGUGAAGAUUUCCUUUUCCAUUCUCAAUAAACUUUGGAACGACCUUCUUGUAUCUCCCCUAGAGUUUCGUGCCCCUCUGAACUGUCUGUUAUUGCAAUGUAGUUUAUCAACAGAAUUUGUGUGUUUUCGAUUUAAGCUAAACGAUAAUUUAAGAACAUUUAUUUCCCCUUUUCACUUUAAAAAAUUAUGAUUAUUCCUAUUAUUGUUAUGAAUCUUCUUAUUUUACAUUUGAGGGAUAAAGGCAAAUGAUUUGUGAGUCUUCUAGUUACCGGACCGAGUUUUCUGCUGGAUCUGGUGGGAAGGCAGCUCGGUAAAGUUUCUCUCCUACUCCCCCCGCCCGACUUUGACUCUGAAUAAGCAUUUGGUCCUAUUCAGAGGACUCUUACACGACGUUUCUGUUCUACACUUGGUUGGAGACCAGUUGACCAUAGAGCAUUUGCAGAGCCUUGUUGUUUGAUUUCUUGUGACUAUUCUAAGAAUGAAUGCAAUCAGAUUUUAAAAGUAACUAAAUAUACUUCAGCACUUUUUUGCUUUAAACUAGAUCAUCUUAGACUUGUUUAUACCUUCCAGAUUUGAUUGUUUUACUCCAAAUGACUGCACUAUAUGUAUGCAUAAGACCACUUUUGAGCGCUGCGUUCCCCCUUCUCAGUAGUCCUUUGACGAUGUGUUGUGUUUUCUGAUGUUGACUUGAUUUCCAUUUAAUAGCAUCUCUUCCUUCCAUGUCUUGAUGUUAUGCAGGAAGUACGGACGUACUUUAAAUUUUUGUUAUGAAAUAAAAAAAGAUGGGUUUUGUAAAAAUAAAAAAAAAAUAUUUUUAGCAGAACAGGACUUACAGGGUCAUUGUCCCCACAAUGUGCCAGUCGACUAUUUGCACUUACCUUGUUCUAUAUAUCCGUACGGAGGUGUGCAAUUCCUCGUGUCAGUAGCCUUGUGACACUGAACCUGGAUGGAUUAUAGAGGAGCCCUCACGGCUGAUCAAUAAUGUUGCGAAGGGAGACUACAGGGAUCUCACGACAAAUAUUCUGAUACAAUACUCAACCUCGGUAUAUAUAUAUAUGUAUAAAUAUAUGUAUAUCCCAGCGGCACUUUAUACUGUUCACUGUACAAAAGCUUACAGUUGUCCACAAGGACUUUAAUAACUAGCUGGGAAAAAGAUGAUGUAAUUACUUCGGGGCUCUGCGGAACCUUCCCUGUACAGCGCCCCCUUUCUGUUGUGCUAUUGGUUGCAGCUGCCAUGCUCAGAAUGCGUUUUGAGAGCUGAAGCAAGGUGCUUGCAGUCACCUGAGGCCGUCCGUGUGGCCCAGGGCCCCAGCCGCCUUUAGGGCCCCCAUUGUUCAUAACAGCAUAUGCAUUUCCCCACCGCGUUGUGUCUGCAGCUUCUUUGCCAAUAUAGUAAUGCUUUUAGUAGAGUACUAGAUAGUAUCAGUUUUGGAUUCUUAUUGUUAUCACCUAUGUACAAUGGAAAGGGAUUUUAAGCACAAACCUGCUGCUCAUCUAACGUUGGUACAUAAUAUCCAAUCAAAAGUUAUCUGUGACUAUUAUAUAGGGAUCACAAAAGUGUCACAUAUUAGAAUGCUGACCUUUCAUAUGGAAUUAUUGUGAGUCAUCAGAGUUUAUUAUAACUUAUUGUUCAUAUUCAUUUCUAAGUUAAUUUAAGUAAUCAUUUAUUAAGACAGAAUUUUGUAUAAACUAUUUAUUGUGCUCUCUGUGGAACUGAAGUUUGAUUUAUUUUUGUACUACACGGCAUGGGUUUGUUGACACUUUAAUUUUGCUAUAAAUGUGUGGAAUCACAAGUUGCUGUGAUACUUCAUUUUUAAAUUGUGAACUUUGUACAAAUUUUGUCAUGCUGGAUGUUAACACAUCUUACUCUAAAUAAAAAAGGUGUUGCCACAUUUGUAGCACGAAGGAUCUCUAA